AUGAAUUUCACACCAGGGGAAAGCAACAUGACAGGAGCUGUGAAUUACAGGGACACAUUUGUUAUGGCUGUCUGCAAGAAUGUGAUCGUUGUUGUCCUCGGCAUCUCAAUCAACUACAUCAAUGCCACAAUGGUCCACACAUUCAACAAGCAUCACAUAUUCAAGAUGAACCCUCGCUUUAUCCUUUUCAUCCACCUGGUGAUCAACAACAUCAUCCAGCUGACGACCAGCAUUAGCCUGUUCAUCUUCACCUACACCUUCCACACCAUCUACGUCUCCCUGUGCUGCCUCUUUAUAUUGCCGGCAAUCUUUACCACUCAAAACACCCCUCUGAACUUAGCCUUUAUGGCAGCAGAGUGCUACAUUGCUGUCUGCAUUCCUCUCCGCCACAGCUCCAUAUGUACAGUGAAAAGGACAUAUAUUGUAAUAGGAAUAGUCUGGACAAUGAGUUCACUGUCUGUCCUGCCAGAUGUCUUCAUCCUUUUGGCCACUGAACCUCCAGAGUUCUUAAAUUCAAGAGUGUUCUGCGCAAGGGAUACCGUGUUUAGGAGCACCUACAGUUUAAAGAAGAGGGAUGCUUCCCACAUAUUGUUUCUGGUAGUGGUCUGGCUCACUUUGUUCUACACUUACUUCAGAAUUUUGUUUGCGGCCAGAGCUGCUGAUGCAGAUGCCAAAAAGGCAAAAAACACAAUCAUCCUUCAUGGCUUUCAGGUGCUGUUGUGUAUGAUGGUCUAUGUGCAACCUAUGUUAAGGCAAAUGCUCAUAUACUUGUUCCCAGGAGGUGUAGCAGCCAUUAACUUUGUUGUCUUUAUCAUAAACCAAAUCCUCCCUCGCUUUGUUAGACCUAUUGUCUAUGGGUUACGAGACAAGACUUUCAGGAAGUACAUUAAAAAGUAUCUGUGUACAGUGUACAGCCAUCCAAAGAUGCCACAUCACAAAAACUAA